GGCUUCGCUGCUCUGUCCUGCUGUUGGUGCACCAGCUUCACCUGCUUCCCCUUCGCUGAUGUCGUUUUUCGGUCUUGCUUGUGCGGUUCGACCGAGGGGCGGCUGUGUAUUCUUUACCAGGAACCUUAGGUAAACUGCUGAGACAUGCUACAAUUCCUAAAGCUGCCUUUAAUAAUCAAAGCCGAAAUCAAUCUGGUUUUGGUGGCAGUUACUGUGGCAGGACUGGUCACACGGCUGUGGGGCAUAAGCUAUCCCAAGUCUGUAGUGUUUGAUGAAGUCUAUUAUGGGCAAUUUGUGUCUCUCUACAUGAAGCAGAUGUUUUUCAUUGAUGACAGUGGGCCACCAUUGGGUCAUAUGUUGAAUGCUUUUGGGGCAUACAUUGGAGGAUUUGAUGGAAAUUUUGUUUGGAACCGAAUCGGAGCAGAGUACGCGAACAAUGUUCCCAUUUGGAGUAUGCGUUUCUUCCCGGCCCUCUCAGGUGCUCUCCUAAUUCCAGUGGCCUAUCAGAUCCUUGUGGAGCUCCAAUUCUCACAUGUCAGUGCCCUUGGAGCUGCACUCCUCUUGUUAAUGGAGAAUGCGCUGAUUUGCCAAUCACGGUUCAUGCUGCUGGAGUCCGUGCUCACAUUUUUUCUCUUUCUGGCUGUUCUUUCCUAUCUAAAGUUCAACAAUGUACAGAAAAGUGGUGGUGCUUUCUCUACGAGUUGGUGGUCAUGGCUUCUACUGACUGGCUUGGCCUGUACUUGUGCUGUGGGUGUCAAAUACAUGGGCUUGUUCACCUAUGUGCUUCUGCUGGGCAUUGCAGGGACACACACUUGGCAGAUCAUUGGCAACCGUGCCAUUGGGCAUGUUACAGUGUUGUGCCAUGUUUUGGCCAGGAUUUUUGCUUUGCUUCUAUUGCCUGCUCUGCUUUAUGUGGGAUUCUUCUAUGCUCAUCUUCACUUGUUGUACCGCUCAGGACCUCAUGACCAGAUAAUGACAAGUGCAUUUCAAGCAAGUUUAGAGGGUGGUUUGGCCAGGAUCACUCAAGGACAGCCUCUGGAGGUGGCGUACGGCUCACAGAUCACCAUGCGUAAUGUCUUGGGAAAGCCCAUGCCCUGCUGGCUACACUCUCACAAGAGCAACUAUCCCAUCAGGUAUGACAAUGGCAGAGGAAGCUCUCACCAGCAACAGGUCACGUGUUACCCAUUUAAGGAUGUUAAUAAUUGGUGGAUUGUGAAGGACCCAACAAGGCAGGAUCUUGUAGUUAGUAACCCACCCCGAUCUGUGCGCCAUGGAGAUCUCAUUCAGCUAGUUCAUGGCAUGACAUCGCGAUUCCUGAACACGCAUGAUGUUGCAGCUCCCAUGAGUCCUCACUCACAAGAAGUGUCCUGUUACAUUGACUAUAACAUUUCCAUGCCAGCACAGAACCUAUGGAGAGUGGAAAUUGUGAACAGGGAAACGGAGCAUGGAGUAUGGAAAGCAAUUCUGUCCAAUGUUCGGCUAAUACAUGUGAACACCUCUGCCGUUUUGAAGUUGAGUGGAGCUUCUUUGCCAGACUGGGGUUUCCGCCAGCUAGAGACUGUUGCAGAUAAAGUGUCGAAAGGGUACCACCAGAGCAUGGAGUGGAAUGUCGAGGAGCACAGAUAUGGAAAAAGCCACGAGCAGAAGGACAGAGAAGCUGAACUGCACCUACCAACACAAAUGGAUACAAGCAAAAAUCUGAGUUUUCUGGCAAAAUUCUCAGAACUGCAGUGGAAAAUGUUGACCUUUAAAAAUGAAGAGACAGAGCACAAAUAUAGCUCCUCCCCCUUGGACUGGAUCACCAUGGAUACCAACGUCGCCUACUGGCUCCACCCCUCUAGCAAUGCCCAAAUACAUUUGAUUGGGAAUAUAGUGACCUGGUCUUCAGCUAAUCUUGCUUUAUGCAUCUAUGUGAUCUUAUUUCUUUGGUAUUCAGUGAGACGCCGCCGUAAAAUCAAAGAUAUUCCAGAAGAUUCUUGGACACAGUGGGUCCAGGCCGGCGUGAUCUGUGCUGGAGGUUGGGCGAUUAAUUACUUACCUUUCUUCACCAUGGAGAAAACCCUCUUCCUCUAUCACUAUCUGCCAGCGCUGACCUUCAAAAUCCUGCUCUUUCCCAUCAUGCUCCAGCAUACCUACGACCAUGUCAUCAGCCUUCCAGCAUACAGACAUGGAUUUGGUGCCCUUGUCCUGGCUUGGUUUUCAUCAGUCUAUAUGGUAUAUGUCACAUUCAGUCCUCUGACGUAUGGACAGCCAUCCCUAUCUGCAGCAGAACUUGGAGCAUUACGUUGGAAGGACAGCUGGGAUAUUCUUAUUCGAAAAAGCUAAGGGCAUGAAGUGCCUUUAAAGCAAUGUUUUCACAAGGUGCCCUGACUGGAUGUGAAAGGAGAGCUGGGUGAUCAGUCUGAUGGCCAUAAUGUUUGCUGUCAAAACAUGACGGUUGGCUGGAUGUCACUUCUGUCAAGUCCAUACACAUGAUGAGUGCAGCUAGGUUCACAAUCAAAGGAAUCAUUCAGAAUUAGCUUAGGCCCAAAAUCCAGAUAAGUUUAAAAGGUUUGGUGAUUUCUAGUCUCUUGAUACCCGUAAAUACUGGAAGAUUAAACUACAUUUUGUUUUACAUUGUUGAGAAGAAAAAAAAAGUUUUACAACAAAAA